GUCACACUAAAUGUUCGCGCGUAAGAAGAAGCAGACCUAGAACGGCGUGCUUGUAAUAUGUAAAUUUUUCAAAUAAGCUAAGUUCGCUCUUUGUUGUAGUUGUAUUUGGCCAGUGUGUCUUUGCAUUUCGCUUUUAUUAUCGUUCUGCGACGGACGGCGGCGACGUUGAAGAAAUUCCUGGCCGAUUUCUUCUUCAUCAUCCUGUGUAAAUAAUUGUAAUUUAAAUAAUCUAAAUUUCGUAUGUAACGAAAGCACACACAUACACCAUCAAAUCAAUGGAAAUGCAAACGAGAAGGCUUUUUUAAGUGCAUGUUUUGUGUAUAUUUUCAUCAUUAAAACGUCGUGUAAAUUAAAAUUCAUCCUAAUUAUAAUUAAUAAACUACAUUAAUAAACGGAAAUUCCACAAUUCUCAACAAGAAAUCUGUAAAAAUUCAAGUUUUAACCAAUUCUCAUACGUAAUUAAAUAAAUAAAGUUCAGUUUUGUUAAGUCCCAAAAACAACAGCUGUGCAACUGUGUAAAAUAUUAUUCAUAAUUUUGUGUAAAUUUAUGUAAAAAAAAAAACAAACCAACCACGACAACCAAACCAAACGAAGCAAAUUCAAUUUUUUUGAUCAAAAAGUGUGUGCAAAAUCUCAGCGAAGCCUGUAAAAUAAAUGUUAAAUAUAUUAAGCAAAAAGUGUGGUUUCUUUUACAACAAAAUAAAUAAAAGCAAAAAACAAGUGUAAAUCUGAAGCGAAAAUUUAAAAAAAAUACAUGUAACAUUUGUGAAUAUUUCUAAGCGAAUAGUGUUGCAAAACGCGCGUGUGGUUCUUGGUGCUGCAAGUUAAAAUCCAAUUCAAGUUGGCAAUACGCGCAAAAUUGUCAGCUGCGAUAGCUAGGAAAAGCCUCCAAAAUUGAGCUCCUAACCGCGCCCACAAUUGCCAUAUCGACGCCCUCGCCGCAGCAGCAACACCAACAGCAGCAGCAGCAGCAGCAACUAUAUCAGCAACAUCAACAGCAGCAGCAGCAACAUUACGGUCCACCACCGCCCUACUUUCAACAGCUACACCAGCAACACCAACAGCAGCAGCAGCAGCAACACAUGAAGUUUUUGGGUGGUAACGAUGAUCGCAAUGGCCGCGGAGGCGUCGGCGUUGGCACGGAUGCCAUUGUAGGAUCUCGCGGUGGCGUCUCGCAGGAUGCCGCCGAUGCAGCUGGUGCCGCCGCAGCCGCCGCCGUCGGCUAUGUCUUCCAGCAGCGUCCAUCGCCCGGUGGCGUUGGCGUCGGCGUGGGCGGAGUGGGUGGCGGUGUGCCAGGAGUCGGAGCCGUAGGCUCGACCUUGCACGAGGCCGCCGCCGCCGAGUACGCCGCCCACUUUGCCCAGAAGCAACAGCAGACACGAUGGGCGUGCGGCGACGACGGCCAUGGGAUCGAUAACCCGGACAAAUGGAAGUACAAUCCGCCGAUGAAUCCGGCCAACGCAGCUCCUGGCGGUCCACCGGGAAAUGGCAGUAAUGGUGGGCCCGGCGCCAUUGGAACCAUUGGCAUGGGCAGCGGAUUGGGCAGCAUGGGAGGUGGUGGUGGCGGCGGCGGAGCUGGCGGCGGAAAUAAUGGCGGCUCUGGCACGAAUGGCGGUCUGCAUCAUCAAUCGAUGGCCGCUGCAGCUGCGAAUAUGGCCGCCAUGCAACAGGCGGCGGCGGUGGCCAAGCACAAUCACAUGAUGUCACAGGCAGCAGCCGCCGUUGCAGCCCAGCAGCAGCAACAUCAGCAUCCACACCAGCAGCAUCCCCAGCAGCAGCAGCAGCAGGCGCAGAACCAGGGGCAUCCACAUCACCUCAUGGGCGGUGGCAAUGGACUGGGCAACGGCAACGGAUUGGGCAUACAACAUCCCGGCCAGCAGCAGCAGCAGCAGCAACAACAGCAGCAGCAACAUCCCGGCCAGUACAACUCGAAUCUGCUCAACCAUGCGGCUGCCUUGGGUCACAUGUCAUCUUAUGCCCAAUCGGGUGGCAGCAUGUACGACCAUCAUGGUGGAGCCAUGCACCCGGGAAUGAACGGCGGCAUGCCCAAGCAACAGCCAUUGGGUCCACCCGGAGCCGGAGGACCCCAGGACUAUGUCUACAUGGGUGGCCAGACCACUGUGCCCAUGGGAGCCGCAAUGAUGCCGCCACAGAAUCAAUAUAUGAACAGCUCUGCUGUUGCAGCUGCCAAUCGGAAUGCAGCGAUUACCACAUCCACUGCCAAGAAAUUGUGGGAGAAAUCCGAUGGCAAGGGCGUUUCCCCGAGCACUCCCGGUGGACCGUUGCAUCCGCUGCAGAUCCCCGGCAUCGGGGAUCCCUCCUCCGUGUGGAAGGAUCACACCUGGUCCACACAGGGCGAGAAUAUCCUGGUGCCGCCCCCCUCGCGAGCCUACGCCCAUGGAGGCGCCUCCGAUACUUCAAACAGCGGCAAUGCGGGCAUACUGAGUCCCCGCGAUUCGACUUGCGCCAAAGUGGUUGAAUAUGUUUUCAGUGGCUCGCCCACCAAUAAGGAUAGCUCGCUCUCCGGAUUGGAGCCGCACUUGCGGAAUCUAAAGUUUGACGACAACGAUAAGUCACGCGACGAUAAGGAAAAGGCAAACUCUCCGUUUGACACAAACGGUUUGAAGAAGGACGAUCAGGUCACAAACUCUAAUGGUGUUGUCAACGGCAUUGACGAUGACAAGGGCUUCAAUCGCACUCCCGGUUCACGUCAACCAUCACCUGCAGAGGAGUCCCAGCCACGUCCUCCAAAUCUACUCUUUCCCCCACUGCCUUUUAAUCACAUGCUCAUGGAUCAUGGCCAGGGCAUGGGCGGCGGUUUGGGCGGAGUUGUCGGAUCUGGCAACGGGGUUGGAGGUGGCAGCGGCGGAGGCGGGGCAGGCGGCGCUUAUGCGGCCCACCAGCAGAUGGCCGCCCAGAUGAGUCAAUUGCAACCGCCGAUGAUGAACGGCGUUGGCGGCGGAAUGCCAAUGGCAGCACAGUCACCCAUGUUGAAUCACCAGGCAGCUGGACCCAAUCAUAUGGAAUCUCCCGGAAAUCUCUUGCAGCAACAAAAUUUUGAUGUUCAGGUAAGUGACGACGUGCUUUCGCUCGCUUUUAACCACAAUCAAGUAAGUUUCGGACAUCCAAAAUCCCCUGAAACUAUACGGCGAAGUGUUCAACUGUUUCGCUCGCAGAAUCCGGGCCUUGCAGCAGUUGCCACAAAUGCAGCGGCCGCAGCAGCAGCCGCAGCAGCUGCCACAUCGGCAGCGAGUGCUGCGGCAGCGGUGGGCGCACCACCCGUUCCCAACGGAUCGCUGCAGCAGUCGCAGCAGCAACAGCAGCAGCAGCAGCAACAACAGCAGCAGCAGCAACAGAUGCACAUGGCGGCCGCGUCGCAACAAUUUUUGGCCGCCCAGCAGCAGGCGCAAAAUGCGGCCUAUGCCGCCCAACAGGCCACGCCCUACGUCAUCAAUCCGGGCCAGGAGGCUGCCCCGUAUAUGGGCAUGAUUGCCGCCGCCCAGAUGCCGUACUACGGCGUAGCGCCAUGGGGCAUGUAUCCGGGCAAUCUGAUUCCGCAACAGGGAACGCAGCCGCGCCGCCCCCUCACCCCCUCGCAGCAGGGUGCCGAGAAUCAGCCGUAUCAGGUCAUCCCGGCAUUCCUCGAUCACACGGGCUCCUUGCUGAUGGGAGGACCCCGCACCGGGACGCCGAUGCGUCUGGUUAGCCCCGCCCCCGUUCUGGUGCCCCCGGGCGCCACCCGUGCCGGCCCCCCGCCCCCGCAGGGCCCACAGCUGUAUCAGCCGCAGCCGCAGACGGCCCAACAGAAUCUCUACUCGCAGCAGAAUGGAUCCAGUGUCGGAGGCCUCGCCUUGAACACGAGCUCGUUGACGGGUCGCCGCGACUCCUUCGACCGCAGCACCUCCGCCUUCAGUCCCUCGACCAUGGACUACACCAGCAGCGGUGUGGCAGCGGCCGCCAAUGCGGUGAACAACACAGUGGCCCAGGCAGCAGCAGCUGCCGCAGCAGCCGCCGCAGCGCGUGGCAAGUGGCCGGGAGCAAUGUCGGGAGCGGCCAGUGGAGCCUACGGAGCCCUGGGAGCGGGCAAUGCCUCGGCCAGUCCGCUGGGCGCACCAAUCACACCGCCGCCAUCGGCGCAAUCCUGUCUCCUGGGCAGUCGGGCACCUGGAGCCGAGUCCCGCCAGCGGCAGCAGCAGCAACAGCAGCUGGCCGCCGUUGGUCUGCCGGCGACUGCAGCAGCUGCCCAGGCAGCGGUGGCCGCGGCUGCCAACAAUAUGUUCGGAUCCAACAGCUCGAUCUUCUCGAAUCCCCUGGCCAUUCCGGGUACGGCAGCUGUGGCAGCUGCGGCGGCAGCAGCAGCGGCCGCCAACUCGCGUCAGGUGGCUGCCACGGCAGCGGCAGCAGCGGCGGUGGCAGCAGCAGCCGGUGGAGUGGGAGGUGCCCCACAGCCAGGAAGAUCUCGCCUUCUCGAGGAUUUCCGCAACCAGCGGUAUCCAAAUCUUCAGCUACGCGAUCUCGCUAACCACAUUGUGGAGUUCUCACAGGAUCAGCACGGCUCGCGGUUUAUACAACAGAAGUUGGAGCGGGCCACCGCUGCCGAGAAGCAAAUGGUGUUCAGCGAGAUCCUGGCUGCAGCCUAUAGCCUGAUGACCGAUGUCUUUGGCAACUAUGUCAUCCAGAAGUUCUUUGAGUUCGGCACUCCCGAGCAGAAGAACACGCUGGGCAUGCAGGUCAAGGGUCAUGUGCUGCAGCUGGCGCUGCAAAUGUAUGGCUGCCGAGUGAUUCAGAAGGCUCUGGAGAGCAUCUCGCCGGAGCAGCAGCAGGAAAUCGUGCACGAACUGGACGGACAUGUGCUGAAGUGCGUCAAGGAUCAGAAUGGCAAUCAUGUGGUGCAAAAGUGCAUUGAGUGCGUGGACCCCGUGGCGCUGCAGUUCAUCAUCAAUGCGUUCAAGGGCCAGGUUUACUCGCUGAGCACCCAUCCGUAUGGAUGCCGGGUGAUCCAGAGGAUCCUCGAGCAUUGCACUGCCGAACAGACCACGCCCAUUUUGGACGAACUGCACGAGCACACCGAACAGUUGAUUCAGGACCAAUAUGGCAACUAUGUAAUUCAGCAUGUGCUUGAACACGGCAAGCAGGAGGAUAAGUCGAUUCUUAUCAACAGCGUGCGCGGCAAAGUUCUGGUGCUAUCACAGCACAAGUUCGCCUCAAACGUUGUGGAGAAAUGCGUUACCCAUGCCACUCGCGGAGAACGCACUGGUCUCAUAGACGAGGUCUGCACCUUCAACGACAACGCGUUGCACGUGAUGAUGAAGGAUCAGUAUGCCAACUAUGUGGUCCAAAAAAUGAUCGAUGUAUCGGAGCCGACGCAGCUCAAGAAGCUGAUGACCAAGAUCCGGCCCCACAUGGCCGCCUUGCGCAAGUACACCUACGGCAAGCACAUCAAUGCCAAGUUGGAGAAGUACUACAUGAAGAUAACCAAUCCCAUAACGGUGGGCACAGGAACUGGAGGAGUGCCGGCCUCCUCGUCGGCGGCGGCAGUCAGCAGUGGUGUCACCUCAGCAUCGGUAACCGCCUGCACCAGUGGCAGCAGCACCACCACGACCAGCACUACCAACAGCCUGGCCUCACCCACCAUUUGCUCGGUGCAGGAGAACGGCAGCGCCAUGAUUGUGGAGCCCUCCUCCCCGGACGCCUCCGAGUCCUCGUCCUCGGUGGUGUCAGGCGCUGUCAACAGCGGCUUGGGUCCCAUUGGACCCCCGACCAACGGCAACGUUGUGCUGUAAAGGAAAUAACAAAUUAAGCCAGGCAGUCAAAGGAAACUUCCUUCUCGAAUCGCAGUAUAGUUUUUAGGAGCUGUAGAGCUAAACAUAAACAACAAGUACAUAUAAAUGUAAUCUUAUUUAUUGGAAAAGCAGCGAUAAAUGGAGCUGCACUCGAAGAUUUGCAAAGAGGAUAGUAAAACACUCAUGCGCCAAGCUAGAAAAAACAAAUAGCAAACAAAGAAGCACACUGGCAAGCAAAAAAGCAAAAGAGCUUAACAGCUAAAAUGAAAAGAAAUUUGUAUUUUUACGAACAAAAGUAAUAACGUUCUCACGAAAAAAGAUUUCAAAAUAUUUGUAAAAUGCGCUCGCAUAUUUAAUUUGUAAAAAAAAGCAUGAACCGCAAGAUGAAAGAAAACAAAAAUGCGUAGUAAAUCGCGAUCAAGAAAAAAUAAUGAAUGUAAUGUAAAAUGUCAAUGAAACAGAUUUGUCUGCGUACAUUUUCGUUGUAACUUUGUAUAAACUAAUUAUUAUAUAGCGAGUCUAUCUGUAAAUGAUUAAUGUUUCGACUGUAAAUUAAUAAGAAGACAACUGAAGAGCCGGCGAGCUGAAAAAAAGAAAGUUUAAAAGCGGGCUGCAUGAAUUAGCCUACGAUUUAUAAGUGCAGACAGAGGAACCAUUUCUAAUAUACAAACAUAUAUACGAGGGAUAACAGCAGAAGCCGCACUUAGUGUAGAAUGUAGAGUAAUAAUGUUUUUGGAGCCAGCAGCUACCAAGACACAAUGAAAACAGAGACACACGAGACACGCCCACGCCCCCUCACGCACACUCGGUUGCAUACACCUACACAAUGAACGACUCUUCAGCCCAUUCACGUUGCUUUUGCACUAUGUAAAAAUUUUGUAUAAAAAAACCCCAAACAACAAACCAUGUAAACCAUGUAAUUUUCAAAUGUUUCACUGUAAAAUGUAUACAUACUUUAUUUUGUAAAUUUUUUUUAAGUCGCAAGUAACUCAUACAUAUUCUAUUCUAAACUUCACGCAUGUAUUUAUAAUUUUAUACACAUUAGCUGGUUACCACUGAUCGACGAUCAGCAUGGAUGUUGUUCAGCUGGUGGCCAGCUAAAAGAACCUGUUAGCCAAGUAAGCCAAAAAUGAUAAUAAUUGGAUUUUAAAACAGUAACCAUCAAAAUAAACCAAUUUUUUUCCAAAA